AUGACAUAUGACAAGCGCCACGAGAGUUUUAUCAUCCCACCUGGGCAUGCGAUGUAUGGCCAGCGAGCCAGCAACGUACCGACGCGUGGGCUAGCGGACGUUGGACACCCCUUGCUGCAAUUGUCUACUGAAACGUUCUUGAGCCAACUGCCUGCGUCGACAAUUGUUCACGGGCACAUUCAUUCGAUCCGACAAGAGAUUGGCCAAUUGAUUUUGCCUCCAGUGGACAUACCCGUGGAAUGCCGAGUUGUUUGCGUGCCUGGCGAAGAUGCCAAAGUCGCCACGCUGGGCAUUCGGAUGUGGAGAGGCGCGCAGACCAUUCAACUGCAUGUGCCCUAUACGAUCACAUUGCACCAAGUGAAGGAAUAUAUCGCCACGGAGAGCGGCCAUUGCUUGGAUACAUUUGACAUGGCGUCGAGUUUUCCAUCCAAGGCGUACGAGAAUGAACUGCAAACUGUCGAGACAGCAGGACUUGUGCCAUCAGCCACAUUGCACUUGAAAAUGCGAUGA